UAUUGACAGAGACUAUGCUUCUCGUGUUGAUUUAAUUGCCAAAGUCCGUGGUCUGAAGAAGGCAGAAGAUUAUAUUGGGACGAUACCAGAGUCUUUCAGAAAUGAAGUUAUUUAUCGCACUUUAUUGGCCAAUUGUGUCGCUGAAGGUGAUUUGAAGAAAUCUGAGCAGGUUUUUAACAAAAUGAAGGACCUUGAAUUCCCAUUAACAUGCUUUACUUACAAUCAGUUGCUCCUUCUAUAUAAGAAGACUGAUAAAAAGAAGAUCGCCGAUGUUCUCUUGCUAAUGGAGAAGGAAAAUGUGAAGCCAACCCAUUUUACAUACAGACUAUUGAUAGAUGUCAAGGGGCAAUUCAACGACAUAUCUGGAAUGGAGCAAAUUGUUGAGACCAUGAAGGCUGAAGGACUAGAACCUGAUGUCACCACAAAGAGCAUCUUGGUGAAGCAUUAUAUCUCGGGUGGUCUGAAUGAGAAGGCUGAGAAUGUACUAAAAGAGAUGGAAGGAGGAGAUACAAAAGCAACUCGCUGGGCAUGUCGUAGUUUGCUUCCUCAUUAUGCAGCUCUUGGAAGGGCCGACGAAGUUGCUAGAAUUUGUCAAGUUUGUGAGUCUAAUCCUCGUCUUGAAGAAUGUGUGGCUGCUGUAGAUGCUUGGGGAAAACUGCAUAAUAUUGAGGAGGCGGAGGCAAUCUUUGAUAAGAUGGCAGCAAAAUGGCCAACACUGUCAUCAAAGCAUUAUUCUGUUUUAUUGAACAUUUAUGCAAAUCAUAAGAUGUUGUCGAAAGGAAAGGACCUUGUGAAGCGUAUGGCUGACAGUGGUUGCCGAAUUGGACCAGUGACUUGGGAUGCCUUAGUCAGACUUUAUAUUGAAGCUGGAGAAGUGGAAAAAGCGGAUUCAAUAUUACAUAAAGCAGGAGAGCAGAAUCGGUUGAGGCCAAUGAUUAAUUCUUAUUUGAUGAUUAUGGACCAAUAUGCAAAGAAAGGUGAUAUUCAUAAUACUGAGAAAAUGUUUCACAGAAUGAGACAAGCUGGAUAUGUUUCCCGAGCUACCCAGUACCAACACCUUAUUCGGGCGUAUAUAAAUGCCAAAGCUCCUUGUUAUGGUAUUGCUGAUAGAAUGAAGGCGGAUAAUAUAUUCCCGAAUAAAGGAUUGGCAAACAUGUUGGCUCAGGUGGAUGCAUUCAAGAAGAAUGCUGUGUCUGAUUUGUUGGAUUGAUUGAUGUGAUAUACCCUACUUUUCUUGUGAUUGAGGAUCUUGCAUUCCUCUACUUAUACUGCACUCAAGUCAGUUGUAGGAUGAACACUCUUUUCUUUGAGAUGCUAGCUUCCUUUUCUUUAACUUAGUUUUUAUGUUUGCUUAAACCUUUCUUUUUGUUUUUCGACUUUAUUAGCAAAUACUUCUGUUGGAGGAAUUUAUUGACAUUGUUUUGAGGUCUCAAGCUUUGAUUUGAAGCCUAAAUUGAAAUUCAAGUGUAAAAAAAGGUCCCAAACAUUUAACUGGAUGGAGAUAAAGAGCACUCAACUCUUUGAUUUCCA